GCUGAGCUCACCCUUCUGCAAGAGCAGAAUGGAUUUCUGACCAUUAUCAACAACCAGGCAAAACUCUGGUGGUCUACCAAUGCAGAAGUAAUACGAAAGGCUAGAGUAAUGAGUUAUGAAGACCUAGAGAGGGCACGAAUGCAGCGAUGUGCGAAGGACGCCAAGAAGGGGGCUGGAAGGUUCAGAAACGAUCGGGGGCCGCGUCCAAACAAAGGACGUCUGACACGGGCGUAGUAGAGGUGCAACCCUAGCAUCCUGGUGGUGGACAAGAGUCGGGCUCUCCAUCAGGGUGGUCGCGCAAGGGCGAGACCCAAGAGGGCAGAGAUGUCCUGAAACCGUGGCGAGCUCCAGUCGCAAGGAUGACUUCGCCGAAGCGCCUGAGAUCUGCGAAGGUACCCGCCAUGUGUACGACUGGAGUGAGGUCCUGGCAACGGGGGAAUUUCUAUACGAGCAUCGCAAAGCUCGGAGCGCCUUAAUCGUACCACAAGAUGCUGAAUAUUUUGCUGGUGGAGGCGAGCUCACACCCGAGCACGAAGCACGGCGAGGAGUAUGGCCGGGCACCAUUCGGUUUGGCAGCAUGGAAUCGCCGUGAAGCAGUAGUGAAGCAGCUGCCUCACACGGGCAAGGCGGAGGGUCAUGGCCAGCAUACUGGUGACCGGACACCAUUCAGCUGGGCAGUAGACAAUGGGGAUGAGGCAGUGGUGAAGCUGAUCUCAGACUCGCUCUGAAUCUCACGUUAUGCGCUUUUUGUCAGGGAACCUUCACCAUAGGCGUUAUGGCUUCGAGCCCGCUCCUUUGCCUACGUUCAUA